AUGAAAAAAUCGACAAAUGAACCGGUUCAAUAUAGGAAGUCUAUUAUGGCUGCUUUCGAAAGACAGAACAAAGGAAAAGUUAGUUUUUUCCACACAUAAAAAAAUAUCCACUCAUAAAAGUUGUUGUUUUUAUUUCAGAUCUGUCCAGUUUGCAGUAUAAAACUAACAAUCGCUCAGUAUCGAGAACAUUUGGAUCAAUGCAAAGUUGCAGAAGACGAUGAAGAAUGCAUGGUAAAUGUUAUCAUCGAAGUUAGAUUUAAAAGAAGAAAAUUAAUUUUCAGAUGAUUGCAACAUAUUCUCGAGAAGAAGCUGUGUUAUUAAGAGCUGGACCAGAAAUAGUUUUAGAUGAAGAUGAAAAAGACGAAAAUUCGCCGAUUGUCGAAGAAAAUGUAUUUGAAGAAGCAGCUCCAAUUGAAGAAGUAGAAGAACAACCGAAAAAACGAAGUAAAUCUGAAGUUCAAUUUGAAGCAAAGAAAGUGAAAACUGAAAAUCGACGAAGAUCAACAAGAAUACAGGAAUUAAAUUGUCCAAAAGAGGAACUCAAAACUGUUUCGAAGCAACAAAUUUUGGAAAAAAUUGAGAUUCCGAAUGGAAAUGCACAGUAUUAUCUGAAAUUCACAUUGAAAAUUCUCAAAAAAAUUCUUGAAUCAGAUUACGACGAGAAAUUUUGGGAGACGGAAGAUUUGUUGAAAAUGUAUCGAUUUGUGAGUGAAAUUUCUUCAUACUCACAAAUGUUAUUGAUUCGAUUGGUUUUACGAAAACAGGGAUGGUUUCAUGCUGAAAAAUUGAAACAAAAGUGAGAUUCAUUUAGAUUAUUGAUUUUGCAUAAAAAAACCUUUCCAGAUAUCCCGAAGUUCUGAAUUUCUACUCUUCUGUGACUGAACUUAUCAAAUGGAAAUUUUUGGAAGAUGAUUCAUCAUUGAAAACAUUAGAUGAGGCGAUUUCUUUAGCGGAUCUACAAGUUCUGAAAAUUGUAGCGAAGAAAUUCAAGAUUGAUCCAAAUCGAGGUCGUUUAGAACUUAUUCGAUCAAUAAAAUCGUUCGCCAGUUCGCAGAAAUCAAUAUUUGGAACUGCUGGAAAUAUCGGAUCUGCUAUUUUGAGAACAGUCAAAAAGGAACUUGGAUUAUGUAUUCGUUUGAAGGAUGAAGUUAUUCAAUUAUUCCAAGCAAUUUAUACAUUAUUCUGUCCGACUACAACAAAUUCUGCGCAACUUAUCGAAAAUCCAAAAUCAAAUGUUUAUCAAGAUCUUCUGUAAGUUUAUUUCUAUUUGAAACAUUUCAUUUGAAAUAUUAUUUUUUUGAAGAUAUGUACUUCUUCAAAUUGAAACCGGUGAUGUCAAAUUUCCAUCAACUGGAAAAUCGAUAAAAAUCGCUGGAUUCUAUGAAAAUCGAGAAAUGCUUAUGAAAUAUAUAUCCGCGAAAAAUCUCGAAUCUCAAAUCCUCUCAAAAAUGAGUAAUUCAACAACUUUUGAAGAGGCUUUUGAACUUGCGCUAACUGCAAAAGAUACAAUUGAUGAAUUACGGAGUGGAGACAAAAAACAAUAUCAGAGUCUACCGAUUUAUUAUCGAAAAUAUACGGAUGUUUGGGUUUUGGUGAGAUGUUGUAGUCAUGGAGCAACGGUUUUGGAAAAAAUGAGAAAAUAUGGAAUGGCUGUUGAAUGGCACAAAUAUUUAUUAUUGAAUGAUGGUUGGUUUUUUGAAUUUGAAUUACAUUUUUUUUAAAGUUCUGAUUUCACAAGGGCCAAAACUUCAAGAGUUUAUAUUUUUCUAUCCCAUCUCAUAGUUUUUUGCUACAUUUCUGAAAAUGGAUCAGUAAAUGAACACGCUAUUUCAAUUCAUACAUCAGUAUCCCCGGAUUUUCGUCCGGAGGGGGUCUGGCUAACUUUGGUAAAAAGGGGUGGGGACGACCGGCUAACUUUUCGAAAAAAUAACAAUUUACACCCCAAAAACCAAGUUUUUCUCUCUAUUUUUUGAGGGGGUGUGGCUAAUUUUUGUAUUUUCACAUUCCGGGGGUGGCUAAUUUUGAGGCCCUGACCGGGAGAAACUGAUGUAUGGUCACUCGUGUUGUAUUGAUUGCAGCUCGAAAAGCUGUAAAAAGGAAUCCGGCAGAAUGUCUUUCAAUAUUCACUCAAAUGGCAGGAAAACUGAAAAAUCGACGAGAAAGCGAUCGAGAAAUUGAGGAUGAAAUUUGUACAGAAUACAAAGAAGUGAGUAGUGAAAAAAAAAGUGAAAGAUUAUUUGGUUUUUUCUCAGCUUUUCAACAAAAUCGAAAUGCAUCCCACAAUAACACUUUUGAAAGCAAUCCAUGUGACAGAGAAGGUUUAUACGAAAUUUGGAAUGGAAUAUUCCUUGAAUAUAUCUUCUCAAAAAAAAGGAUACCUCGAGUGAGUUUUGCUUUGUUCAAAAAAAGCCCAAAAAUACUUUCAGUUUAAACAUUUCCCAGAAACAUAGUAACAAAAAAAUAAUUUCAGGAAGGCUGGCGAAUAUAAACGAGAUUACUCGAAAUUCAACGCCGAAGAUUUGAUUGAUUUAAUUGAACGACGUCCGGAACUUGUUGAUCAUAGGGUAUAG